GCCUCCCCGGGCUGCGGCGGCGCCCCCUGCAGGCCGCGGCGGGCAGAGCGGGCGGAAGGAACCCGAGCCGGGCUGCCACCGUGUCCCAACCGGUGCCGCCGCCGGAGCUUCUCCGGGCCCCGAGUCCGCGCCGAACGCCCUCCUCGCCGCCCGCCGCGUCCCGGCGCCCUCCGGAGCCGCCGCGCCGCCCGCGCACACCUGAAGCGGCCGGGCCAGGCCCUGCCUCGAUCCUCAGCUCGUCCUCCCCGCCCCGCACCGGCCUUCACUCUGGAGCGGCCCCGGCAGCCGCAGCAGGGGCGGCGGCGGCGGAUCGAGGAGCUCUCCAGGUCGUCCCGGGAGAGGCUGCUGCAGUCCCGGGACAGGAUGUUCUCCAAGUUCACCUCCAUCCUGCAGCACGCCGUGGAGGCGCUUGCACCUUCUCUUCCUUUACAAGAAGAUUUUGUUUAUCACUGGAAGGCAAUUACCCAUUACUACAUAGAGACUUCAGAUGAUAAAGCCCCAGUGACCGAUACAAAUAUUCCAUCGCAUCUGGAACAGAUGUUAGAUAUACUGGUUCAAGAAGAAAAUGAACGGGAAUCUGGAGAGACGGGGCCAUGUAUGGAAUAUUUGCUUCAUCACAAGAUCUUGGAAACAUUAUAUACCUUGGGGAAAGCUGAUUGUCCUCCGGGAAUGAAACAGCAGGUUUUGGUUUUCUAUACGAAACUUCUGGGAAGAAUCCGGCAGCCACUACUUCCACACAUUAACGUGCACAGGCCAGUGCAGAAAUUAAUUAGACUCUGUGGUGAAGUCCUAGCAACACCAACAGAAAAUGAAGAGAUUCAGUUUCUUUGCAUUGUGUGUGCGAAGCUGAAACAGGACCCCUACCUGGUUAACUUUUUCCUAGAGAAUAAGAUGAAAUCAUUGGCUUCCAAAGGAGUACCAAAUGUAAUUUCAGAAGAUACAUUAAAAGGUCAGGAUUCCUUGUCAACAGAUACAGGACAGUCCCGUCAACCAGAGGAACUAUCUGGUGCUACUGGAAUGGAGCAAACAGAAUUGGAAGAUGAGCCUCCUCAUCAGAUGGAUCACCUGUCCACAAGCUUGGAUAACCUCAGUGUCACCUCACAGCCAGAGGCCUCGGUUGUUCGUCCAAAUCAGGAUUACAAUUUAGUGAAUUCUUUGUUAAAUCUUACUAGAAGUCCUGAUGGCAGAAUAGCUGUGAAGGCAUGUGAAGGCUUGAUGCUGUUAGUAAGUUUGCCAGAGCCUGCGGCUGCAAAGUGCCUUACACAGAGCACUUGCUUGUGUGAACUACUGACAGACAGACUUGCCUCCCUGUACAAGGCCCUACCUCAGUCAGUGGAUCCGUUAGAUAUUGAAACCGUGGAAGCAAUUAACUGGGGCUUGGACUCAUAUAGUCAUAAAGAAGAUGCUUCAGCAUUUCCAGGAAAACGAGCCUUAAUUUCAUUUCUUUCCUGGUUUGAUUAUUGUGAUCAGCUCAUUAAGGAAGCCCAAAAGACUGCUGCUGUUGCUCUUGCCAAAGCUGUUCAUGAAAGAUUUUUCAUUGGUGUUAUGGAACCUCAAUUAAUGCAAACUUCUGAGAUGGGUAUUCUCACAUCCACUGCUCUGCUUCAUCGCAUCGUUCGGCAAGUGACCUCUGAUGUUUUGCUUCAAGAAAUGGUGUUUUUUAUCCUUGGAGAACAGAGGGAACCAGAAACUCUGGCAGAAAUCAGCAGACAUCCUUUAAGGCAUAGGUUAAUUGAACAUUGUGAUCACAUAUCUGAUGAGAUAAGCAUAAUGACAUUACGAAUGUUUGAACAUCUUUUACAAAAACCCAAUGAGCACAUUCUUUACAACUUGGUCUUGAGAAAUCUUGAAGAAAGAAAUUAUACAGAAUAUAAACCUUUGUGUCCAGAAGAUAAAGAUGUGGUAGAAAAUGGAUUGAUAGCAGGAGCAGUAGAUCUGGAAGAAGAUCCAUUAUUUACUGACAUUUCACCAGAAAACACUUUGCCAAACCAAGAGUGGCUUAGUUCUUCACCUCCUGCUACUCCAGACCACCCCAAAAAUGAUGGAAAAACUGAAGUUCAUAAAAUUGUAAAUAGUUUUCUCUGUCUGGUACCGGAUGACGCAAAAUCCUCCUACCAUGUUGAGGGCACAGGAUAUGACACUUACCUCCGAGAUGCUCAUAGGCAGUUCCGAGACUACUGUGCUAUCUGCUUAAGAUGGGAGUGGCCUGGGUCUCCAAAAGCAUUGGAAAAGUGCAAUUUAGAAGCCGCUUUCUUUGAAGGUCAUUUUUUGAAAGUGCUGUUCGACAGAAUGGGAAGAAUUCUUGAUCAGCCAUAUGAUGUAAACUUACAAGUAACCUCAGUGUUAUCUAGACUUUCUCUCUUCCCUCAUCCACACAUCCACGAGUACCUUUUGGAUCCUUACGUGAACCUCGCUCCUGGCUGUAGAUCUCUCUUCUCUGUAAUUGUCAGGGUUGUUGGAGACCUUAUGCUUCGAAUCCAGCGUAUUCAAGACUUUACUCCCAAGCUUCUGUUAGUCAGAAAGCGGUUACUUGGUUUGGAACCUGAAGGCCCUAUUAUUGACCACAUCACACUGCUAGAGGGUGUGAUUGUGUUAGAAGAGUUCUGUAAGGAGCUGGCGGCAAUUGCAUUUGUGAAAUAUCACGCUUCCUCCACACCAUAAAUAACAUCUUUCAUGUAACUGGGGGAACAGAACUACUGUGUACAUUUCACCAAAAAAGACUCAGUUCCACCCAGCCACAAGAGGAUAAAAAGCCUUUUUAAACGCAGUAUUGCUGUAAACUGGACAGAACCAUUAAGAACCUAUUGAGUGGACAUUCUUGGUGAAAUGUUGUAUAAUGUUGUUUUCAUUGGCUUUAUCAUAAUGGUUCUAUAUAUACAAUUGCACAUUGUUGAAUCCAGGAUACAAUCAAAGGAACUUCAGGAAAUAAGCAUUUCUAAUGACUGUGUGAAAAGCUGCAAUAUUUCCGAUGUCAUGACUUUGAUGAUAUUUCUGUUAUGUUAAUGUCCUUUUAGGUAGCAAGGCAUUUUGACAUUCUCUGGGACUCAAAUGCUUGUAUUCUUUUGGAUUAAUAAGUAGCAAAAAAAAAUCACUAAUUUUAUAACUUUUUAAGGUCAGAAUUCUUAUCAAACAAAA